CCCCGCCCGCGCCCGCCCUGGCUCCGCCUCCGGCCCUCCCAGCCAACCGCCCGCGCAGCAGCCCGCCUCGGAGUCUGGCUCGGGCUGCUCGGCCGGGUGGUGGAGCUGCGUCCAGCGCGGGGUGUUCUGGUCAUGCGAGUCGUGGAGGGGAGCCCGCCCCAGACAAGAUGAAGGUCUUCCUGCCGGUGCUGCUGGCGGCCCUGCUGGGGGCGGAGCAAGCCCACUCCCUCAUGUGCUUCUCUUGCACGGACCAGAAAAGCAACUUCUACUGCCUGAAGCCCACCGUCUGCUCGAGCUCUGACAACUACUGCGUGACCAUCUCCGCCGCGGCGGGCAUCGGGAACGUGGUGGACUUUGGCCACAGCCUGAACAAGGGCUGCUCCCCGGUCUGCCCCGCCCCCCCCAACAUCAACCUCGGGGUGGCAUCCAUGGGCACCUACUGCUGCCAGAGCUUCCUGUGCAACAUCAGCGCGGCCGACGGCGGGCUGCGGGCCAGCGCCACCGUGCUGGGCGCAGGGCUCCUGCUCAGCCUGCUGGCCGCCCUGCGGCGGCUCGGACCCUGACCGCCCGGCCCCGUGCCGGCCGACCCCCACAGCUCAGGAAGGAAAGCCCAGCCCCACCCAGGCCCCCCCCACCAGCCCCUGCCUGGCCCCGCCCCCUCGGCCUCAGCCCCACCAUCGGGCCUGCUCCCCGCACCUGCCUCCGCCCCCGCCCCCAGGGCCCACCGCCACCCCUCACGGCCCGAGUCAGUGAUGCGAGCCUCCUCGGAUGGGGUCCCCUGGAGCCCGCAGCUCCAGGGGUCAGGACUGGUCUUGGGGAACCCAGCUCACCUCAAGGGGCACCUCCGUCUGCCCCAGGGCCCGCCCUGCUCCGGGCCCUGUGCGACCCCAGACGGUGGCGUGUAGUCAGUGCUUCGUGGCAUGAUGUCUGGGGAGGGGGCGCAUGCUGUGACUGUGGGUGCGCCCAGCCGUGUGGAAGGCUGGCCGUGCUGGGGGAGGGGUGGGGGUAAGCGGCCAGGGAGCCCCGAGCUCCAGCACGGGCGUCUGUCUCUGCACCCCGCACCCCACUCACUGCAACCGCGGCCUCCGGGUCGAGGCUGCCAGGCCCGGCACCCGGCUCCCACCCCAAAUCCCGCUGUGGCCCCGUCUGACCCCCACCCUUCACCCCCACACCGGCGCCCUCCCUCCUGCUGCUUCGUGCCUCAAAUAAACAGUUCUUCCCUCCC